UACCUCCGUCUAGUCAGAUUCUCUCAGAUUUUGUCCUUUUGGUUUUUGUUUUUGUGUUUCCCAUCUCCUACCCUUCGCCAUUGAUGAUUUCUGCGUAGCUCACGGGUUCUAACCAACAACUAUUACUUCGGCAGUGACUAGGGCAAGAAUCCGGAGAUUAAAAACCUGGAGACGGAUCAGAUUCUUGGCUAGAUACAUAUUUAUCGGCCAAAUCGGAACGUGGAUUAGUUGGGCUUUUACCUAGUUGUUGGGAAGAAAUCACAGUUCGGGCUUUGUCUCAAGGUUCCCACCUAUUCGGGCAACUUACAAAGCUGGUGUCUCGUCUCGACUGAGCGACAUCUAGUUCCAUCUUCGUCUAAACAGUCUCGCAUCAGUACUUUAUUUAGCGUGCUGCUACUUCUUCCGAAGCCUAAACUGCCCACAUUAUACAAACCAGUCGACCAUCAUCAUGCACGGACGAAGAUCGGGUGCCGCGGCCCUCCCGGCCACCCUUCUACCUCUACUUCUACUCUUCCCAACAUCGUCUCUCGGUGCUAGUGCGGCAAUAGCAGACCGAGCUUUGUAUAUCCGAGAUACCGCUCUUAAGCUCUCCGCAGCCGCAGCCUGUGGUGACAAAGGCUCUCUCACGCACUGUUUCCGUAAUGUGCCGGAAUACGUCGAGGCCGACGACCUAGAGCGGUGUUUCCGCAACGCCGGCUGCACGAGCGCCGAGUCCACCAUCGAAGCCGCCUUCAUCAUCAACAACUUCCACAAGGGCAAGUCCGUUGCCGAACUUAGACGGCGAGGGCCUGAACCUAUGCCAGCCCCUACACCAGCACCUACACCCGCACCAGCAGAAACCGGCACCUCAUCCACAACCGCCACAGACGGCGUCUUCUCCGCCUCCAUCGAAUGCAGUUCCGAAACCACCACCACAGCCACCGCCUGCCCCAUCCAGUCCACGGGCAGCGAAUCCGGGAAAACCCUCUCGUGCUACGAGACCCAAGUCCCGACGUCGGUCUGCAAGGCCGAAAACAUCUGCUCGACGGACAAGAACGGCUACGACCUGUGCAUGGUGCGCCAAGACGCCCUGGACGUCGGCGAGAUCAUCGUCACCGCCUUCCUGGCCGCCGUCUUCGCCCUGGGCUUCGCCACCCUGCUCUUCUUCUGCUGCCGCGACAAGAGCGCCCAGCGCAAGCGGAGGGCGCACGCCGAGGCCGUGGCCAUCGCCAAGACGGCUGCUGCAAACGCCACUAGUGCUACCAUGUCUGAGACGACCGCCAUCCCGCCCAAGCGUGAGCCGAGCGUAGGGUCCGGUGCGCAAAAUCCGUUUGUGGAUUCUUCCUACGCGGACGCUUCGUACGAACCUGCGGGCCAUGCUCCGAGCCACCAUUAGUAGCGGUGCGUUGGAGAGACAUGUAUUCCCAGGAGCUAGAGCUGGAGCGGAGUCAAUUUGAAGGGGAAUGGGACGAAGAGAGAAUCGACAGCUGAAGAAUGUGUUCAUGCGGGGCGGAACUGACGAAUAAAUCAUAUCAUAGGGAUCAUGGAAUUAGGCAAAGUCGGGCGUGGCGAGGACAUGGAAAACGGGACUUUGGGGUUCGUGAUGUUGCAACUCGCUUAGAUACCUCGGAUAAUUGGUAUUUUCGGACCUACGCUAUGCGGUUGUCUUUGUCUUUAUGAUCAUUAUGGAGUAAUUUUCCCCUUCCGCAUACCUAGGUACCUACCUCUGUGCCCAUUGUCUUUUGUUACCCUUUUAUAAUGCCCUUCUAUGAUGAAAUGACUAUUAGCCUUGGCAGAUAUAAUUGAAUUCAGCUAUAAUGAGCUUUGUAUAAAUGUUAGCUGUUAAGCUAUAGGCAGAUGUGUUUUCUCCUAACUAAUACUUGCUCUCUUGUAAUCUUCUAUGAAUGAAGCUCUUGGUUAUGACUUCGUACAUCGACAGUACACUUACUUACUUAAA